UUUCCUUACAUUUAUAAACUCUUAAUUCCCCUCUAUUGGAAAACUCACAAACACAUGGUAAAAUGACAUUUGGGGUUUUCGUUAAACCCUAAUUUUCAAAUAUUUAUUCGAUUCCAUAUUGUUUAGCCCAAAUUUUCACUUGGUUUUGCUACUCCUUCCCGUCCGUUGCAUCAAAUUGGCGAAGGGGCGGCGUAAUUAACCGAAAAGGGGAAGAUGUAGCAAAGGCUGCAGAGUGGCAAUUGGGGCCUGUGUUGGGAACCGAUCGGCCAUGGCUAUGCGUUCGUUCUUUCACAAUCUCAAUCGCAACGUGCGUCCAACUAUUGGCCGAAUCUGGUGGAGGUCCAUAUCGUCGUAUCGCCAAUCAUCGCCGCCUAACAAAAUCUCCCGCCGCCGAGGCCUCCAUCUUAAGGACCUAAUUUGUGGGCUUCCGUUUUCCCGAGGGAGCGCAACGACCGUGCUUCAGAACUGGGUCGACGAAGGCCGCAAAGUUUUGGUUUCUGAGCUUCGCCGUAUCUCCAGGCAACUCAUGAGCCGCCGCCACUAUAAACAUGCUUUCGAGAUAAUUACAUGGAUGGAAGUUCACAAUGGAUAUAGUAUUUCAGCUACUGAUCAUGGCAUGAAGCUGGAAUUGAUCAUUAAAAUGGGUAAUCUAAAGGAAGGUGAGGAGUAUUUUGCAAACAUGCCUUAUGUGUCCCAGAAAGCUGGCUAUCCGAUUCUUCUUCGCUCUUGUGUUAAAGAAAAGGACACUGAAAAAGCUGAGGCCCUCAUGGUAAGGAUGAGUGGCUUGGGUCUGACUGUGAAUCCUCAUCCGUUUAAUGAGAUGAUGAAGCUUUAUAUGGCUACAUCUCAGUUUGGGAAAGUGCCCUCUGUAAUCCUGGAAAUGAAGCAAAAGAAUAUACUGCGAAAUGUCCUCUCUUACAACCUUUGGAUGGGUGCUUGUUAUGCGGUGUCUGGGGUUGCGUCAGCUGAGAUGGUUUAUAAAGAAAUGAGGCGUGACAAGGAUGUUGAAGUUGGAUGGAGCACUCUGUCUACUUUGGCUGAUAUCUACCUAAAAUCAGGAUUUCUCGAGAAGGCUAAAUUGGCCCUUCAAAAUGCAGAAAGAAAGCUAUCUACCACUAAGCGCCUUGGUUAUUUCUUCCUCAUUACACUUUAUGCCUCUGCAGAAAAUAAAGAUGGGGUUCUUCGCCUUUGGGAAAGUUCCAAAGCCGUGGAAGGGAAAAUAACUUCUGCCAAUUACAUGUGCAUUUUGUUAUGUUUGGUAAAGCUUGGUGAUAUUGGAGAAGCUGAGAAGGUUCUCAUGCAAUAUGAAUCGGAGUGUAGGAAAUAUGAUAUUAGAGUUUCCAAUGUUCUUUUAGGUGCAUACAUGAGGAAUGGAUUAAUGGAGAAAGCCGAGUCAUUACAUAACCGCACAUUGGAGAAAGGUGGAUCUCCAAACUAUAAGACAUGGGAGAUACUCAUGGAAGGUUGGGUAAGAAGCCAGAAUAUGGAUAAAGCCAUAGAUGCUAUGAAAAAAGGCUUUGCUCUCUUGAAACGGUGUGACUGGAGGCCAUCGCCAACUAUUGUUGUAGCCAUUGCAGACUUCUUCCAAAAGAGUGGAAAUUUUGAAGAUGCCAAGCACUAUCUCAAGGUUACUAGGCGUUUUGGUCUUGCUAAUUUGCCGGUAUAUAAAUCAUUGCUUAGAAUGCAUGCCUCCACUCAACAGCCAGUUCAAGAAAUUUUUAGAAUGAUGGAGGAGGAUGGAAUAGAAAUAGAUGAUGAGACUUCUGCACUACUUCAGCCCUUCAAGGUGUAAAUAAGACUCUGCUUUAGAUUUAUUCUUGGCGGCUUCUAGAUGUUCUUCAAAUAAAAGAUUUCUGUUUAUAAACUUUCCAUGAAGUUGAUAGAAGAAAGGGAGGAGGAAGUCAACCAAGCAGCUGCGAAGGCAGACGUUUUCCUCAGGGCUCACAAGGAUACUCUAAUAAAUGGCUAGCCGAGAUCUCAUCACAGGAAAAA